AUGGGCACAGCUUUCAUACCGGGCUUCGUUUUGGGGGCAACCAAAGGAGCUACGGUAGGAGGAGAUCUCUUUCGAGCUGAGAAUGCCCAUCGGUUGCCAACCGAAAAGAAUGGAUGGUACCAAUAUCACAAGACCAAAAACUAUCGCGCCAUGAUCAGUGGUCUUAAGGCAGGCACGCGAUACGGAGCUGUAUGCACGGGGUGGUGGUCUCUAUUCAUGGUAACUGAGGAGCUGAUUGAUCGUUCGAGGGCCCGUCUUUUCGAAGAGCGAGAUGACGACCGGGUUCCAGGGCAGAGAGAUGUGGCGAGCACCGUGGUCGCUGCGAUGGCUGUUUCUGGGGUGUACAGCUGGACCAAUGGAUUGGAUUAUUUUGCUGCGGCCAAGGUUGCUCGGACUGCUCUUCGAUUUUCAUUUGCCUACGGCUUCCUUCAGGACCUGGUUGCAAGCUUCCGAGGAAAGCCUCCUGCCUACAUUGCGUGGCUGGGGGGCUGA